AUGUUUCAAAUCAAGGGAAGUAUUUCCUCUGCGGCUCUGCUCAAACUCCUGCUCCUCGCCGCGCUCGCGCUCGGCGCGGGCGGUAAGACUUUGAGAUACAAAGUUUACGAGGAGCAGAAAGUCGGCACGGUUAUUGCACGGUUAAGGGAGGAUGUAGCCGGGGUUUUAUCCAAACUACCGAGUUCCUUGACCUUUCGGUUCCGCGCCAUGCAACGAGGGAGUACGCCGUUCCUGUCGGUCCGGGAGGAGGACGGGGAGAUCAGCAUUGGCACCAAAAUCGACCGUGAAAAGCUUUGUGAGAAAAACUUGAACUGCUCGAUUGAAUUCGACGUGGUCACGCUCCCCACGGAGUACCUGCAGCUGUUCCAUGUGGAGGUGGAAGUGCUGGACAUUAACGACAACUCCCCGCACUUCUCCCGCGCCAUUGUCCCCAUCGAGAUCUCCGAGAGCGCAUCUGUGGGGACGCGCAUCCCGCUGGACGGCGCAGUGGAUGCGGACGUCGGAGAGAACUCUUUGCACACUUACUCCUUAACACCCAAUAACUUCUUUAAGAUUGAGGUGCGGACCCGGACGGACGGGGCCAAGUAUGCAGAGCUGGUGGUGAUGAGGGAGCUGGACCGGGAGGUUCAGUCCAGCUACCAGCUCCAGCUCACAGCCUCGGAUAAUGGUAUGCCCCCCAAGUCUGGCUCCACUCUGCUCAAAAUCAGCAUUUCUGAUUCCAACGACAACAGCCCAGCCUUUGAUGAGCAGGCGUAUAUCAUCAAUCUGCUGGAAAACUCCCCCCUUGGGACUCUAAUCAUUGAUUUAAACGCCACAGAUCCAGACGAGGGCACUAAUGGGAAGAUAGUCUACUCUUUCAGCAGUCAUGUCUCGCCAAAAAUCCUGGAGACAUUUAAAAUAAAUCCAGAAAACGGCCACAUUACUCUCAUUAAAAGAGUGGACUAUGAAACCACCGCGUCCUAUGAGCUGGAUGUUCAGGCUCAGGACUUAGGCCCGAACUCUAUCCCUGGACUUUGCAAAAUUGUGGUGAAGGUGGUGGAUGUAAAUGACAACAAACCGGAGAUAAACAUCAACCUGAUGACGCCUGGCAAAGAGGAAGUGGCCUACAUUUCAGAGGGGGCCCCCGUGGACACCUUCAUAGCUCUGGUGCGUGUUGAAGACAGUGACGCAGGGCUCAACGGCGAGGUGGUGUGCAGGCUGCACGGCCACGGCCACUUCAGACUCCAGAAGACGUAUGAGAAGAACUACAUGAUCCUCACCAACAUCUCGUUGGACCGGGAGAAGAGGUCGGAGUACAGUCUGACGGUCAUAGCUGAGGACCGGGGCUCUCCCAGCCUCUCCACCAUCAAACAUUUCACCGUUCAGGUUCUGGAUGAAAACGACAAUCCUCCACGUUUCGAGAAGAGUCACUAUGAGGUCUUUAAAUCGGAGAACAACUCCCCAGGAGCCUACCUGAUGACCGUGGUGGCCUCAGAUCCAGAUCUGGGCACCAAUGGCCAAGUCACUUACACCAUCAUAGACGCCAUGGUCCAAGGGAGCCCCAUCUCCACCUAUGUCACCAUUGACCCCUCCAAUGGCGCCAUCUACGCCUUGCGCAGCUUUGACCACGAAGACGUCAGCCGGAUCGCCUUCACAGUUCAGGCACGUGACGGGGGAAACCCUGUGCUGUCUGCGAACACCACCGUCCUCCUGACUGUUCUGGAUGAAAACGACAACCCGCCUAUCAUCCACUCCCCCUCCCUCCAGAAUCACACCGCUGAGAUUCUGGUGUGGAAGUACGCGUCGCCGGGUCAGCUGAUCACCACGCUUAAAGUCACAGACCGCGACGCCGGUGCCAAUGGAGAGUUGAGCUGCGCCAUUGUUGGCGGCAAUGAGGAUGGGCUGUUUGUGAUGGACGCCCGGCGAUGUGAGCUCAGAACCAACGCCAGCUUGGAGCAGGCUCCUCGGGAUGUGAUGGAGGUCAAGGUAGAAGUGCAGGACAGAGGCACCAGUCGGAUGUCCACGGGGGCCCUCCUCAGGCUCUCCCUGCAGGAGAACAUGGACAUCCUCCCCCCUCUCUACCCCACCGGCUCCAGCCAGGCCUCCAUGGAUCUCUCCCUCAUCGUCAUCAUCUCUCUGGGUGCCGUUUGCGCUCUGCUGCUCAUCGUCAUGGUGAUGUUUGCCACCGCCCGCUGCAGCCGUGAGAAGAAAGACCCCAGACACAACUACAAUUGCCGUGUGGCAGAGAGCAGCUACCAGAACCACCCCAAGAAGCCCGCCAGGCAGAUCCACAAGGCUGACAUCACCCUGGUCCCCACUGUCAACGGGACUCUGCCUGUGCGGGCUCACCCACGCUCCCCCUCGGCCUCCCCGACACCUGAGAGGGGCACCCUGGGGAGCAGGCAGAGCCAUCACAGCCGCCAGUCACUCAACAGUCUGGUCACCAUCUCCUCCAAUCAUGUGCCAGAGAAUUUUGCCUUGGAGCUGGCCCACGCCACGCCUCCUGUAGAGGGCCAGUACCAGCCACGACCCAGCUUCAGAGGCAACAAAUACACCAGGAGCUACAGAUACGCCCUGAAUGAGAUGGAUAAGUUCAGUCUGAAGGACAGCGGCCGUGGAGACAGCGAGGCCGGGGACAGCGACUACGAGCCGGGCAGGGAGUCCCCCAUGGACAGGCUCCUCGGUGAGGGCUUUACUGAGAUAUAUGCCCCUGAUGGCCAGCACAGACCGCAUGCAGCUAUGCGGCUCUGCACAGAGGAGUGUCGUGUCCUGGGUCACUCAGAUCAGUGCUGGAUGCCCCCCCUGGCCUCCCCGGCCUCGUCGUCUUCCGACUACCGCAGCAACCUCUACAUCCCCGGGGAAGAAGCCCGCCAAGCUGCUGACCUCUCACAGGAAAAGACCCCGCAGCCCUGCACUGACACCGGAACCGCCCGGAACCAGAGCUUCUCCACCUUCGGCAAGGACCUGGGUGGAGAGGACGGCGGCGAAGAGGAGGGGGGAGAAGACGGCGGGGCUGAGGACAGAGAUGAAGACCUGUGCGGGACAACAUCGCUGUUGUCAGAGAUGAGCAGUGUGUUCCAGAGGUUGCUACCCCAGGGUCUGGACUCGUACGUCCAGGUCAACGAGAACCAGAAAGGGACUAGCCUGAGCGGUGUGGGUGUACCCAUGACUGGAUCUUUAGACCGCAGGAGGGGCCAUCUACCCGGCAAGCCCAGUCCCUCUGUCCACCAGCAGGGCGUGGCAGCCUGGGCUGCCAACACCCACUUCCAGAACCCGGGAAGCAGCAUUGGCCCAUCUGGCCACCACCAGGGUGGCAGCUACCACACCCUGAAACCCAGCACCAAGCUCGGCUCCCAGAGUAACAGCCACAAGGGCCUGCAGGCCCCCAAAAACAGCCCUCAGAACAGCGGCCACACCCCCAAACCCCACAGCAGCCCCCUGCUCACGGCGCUGGUCAGCCCCACUCUGAUGCAGCCGUCCCCUGCCCCCGUGGCGGUACCAGUCCCGCUCCCCGGGCCCUCCUGCAAGUGGUUACCUGCCAUGGAGGAGAUCCCAGAGAACUACGAGGAGGACGACUUUGACUCUGUGCUCAGCCACCUGCAGGGCAAACGCAGCGACAGCCGCCACGAGCUGGUGGACGCCAGCGAACUGGUGGCUGAGAUCAACAAACUCUUACAGGACGUCCGGCAGAGCUAGACUUCCUGUUUUUUUUAUCCCCUAUAUUUAUUCACCACCCACUGACUGCUUCCUUUUACUUUCACAAUAAAAGCGAGGAGCUGAGGGAGGCAAAAGGACAGAGGAGAAACUGAAAUGAGAAACAAAGACAAAAAACUGAAAUUGUCGUUAAAGUUGCAUUUCUAAUGUAAUAAUUGUGUUUUGUGAAUGCUAAAUAUCCAAAAAAUGUUUGUAAUUGCUGGUUUG